CUACAGUGACUUUGAUAUUGGAACCAAAGACUUUAUAAACAUGUUUUGAGUGCAGAACAAUAAUAAUGAUUAGUCAUAAAAGGUGUUCAAUAACAAAGAAAAUGAAACAAGUCACACUGACUAUAUAUUGAAACUACGAAGAGACAGUAGUAUAUAGAGUAUUAAGCCCCUCAAGCCUCAAUGCAAACAAGGAGAAGCACUUGGCGCCCUCUAGUUCCUGGGCUCGAGUGCGCGACCCUGAAGUAACGCCAGCCAGCAGCUGGUGUUUACCUGCGACGCACUUCUCGCCUCCACACCACCAACAUGGGGAGUGUGUUAUUGUGAAUAUGUUGCGCUUAGGCUUAGACACACUCUCCAGAAUGCCGUGGUAUUUUCCGUGGUCGGAGGCCAUCAAGAAGAGAGCCAUCAGAUAUCUGUUACAACGAUAUGUUGGGCAGUUUUUGGAGGAGAAAUUGUCCCUGGAUCAGCUGACUGUAGAUCUGUACAAUGGAACGGGAACCAUCAAGGAACUGGCGUUGGACGUGAGUGCACUAAAUGAAGUGGCUGAUCAACUGAAUCUUCCUCUCAGGUUUGUGGAUGGUUAUAUUGGAGAAAUAUGUGUCUCAGUUCCUUGGCACGCGCUGUUGCAAGACAGCAGCUUUGUGGAAGUUUCAGGGCUCAUGGUGACGAUCGAGCCCAAACAAAGAUCAGAGGACAUAUCAAUGGUAGAUUCAAUGAUUGAGUCAAUGAGCAUGACCAGUUCCAUGCAGAUAGCACAGGAGUGCCUUAAUCAACAUGAAGAAGAAUUUGAGAUGGAAGAUACCCCAGAAAAAGAUAUUAAUCAAAUAUUAGAUGGAGUUGAACAUUUUGCUCAUGCCAUAGAUACAGUACUUAAUAGAAUCAAGGUGCGUUUCCUUGAUUCCAUCAUAAGAUUGGAGCACACCCCAAAAGGCAGCUUGUCUGGAGUAGCCCUGGAGGUUAGGGUAAAGAAAAUUGAUUAUUUUGAUGAAGCUGGUUUGGUGAAAAUGACACAAAAUUCAGAUAAUAGUCAGAGUAGCCAUGAACAUUCAGCCUUUGCUUCUAAAAAGUUCCUCAUUGAGGGUCUGACAAUGUACACUGAUGAAUUUCCAGCCAAGGGUAAGGGAAUGGGUAAAUCUGUUACAGUUCCAAUGACAGACUCAAAUUCUUCCCCUGAAUCGGGCUCAAAGGUGUCUGGUUCAGGUUCAGGAGAUUCAUUCAAGACUGCAGACACAUCGCCAGCUGAGGAUAAAUUUGAGUACAACCAUGAAAAGACAGUGAAAAAAUUGAUGACCAGCAACACUCUUCCAAUGGAACCAGUGUUAUUUGCAAAGUUAACAGGGUCUCAAGAAAUAAGCUUGAAGUUGAAACAGUCAGAUGUUGUUGGUCCCAAGGUAGAUUUGAGGAUGAACUGUGGCUCCAUCAUCAUGUUCCUCUCACCUAGACAGAUUCAUCUCCUCCUUGAGCUUUCAGAGGGUAUUGCAUCACCAGAAAAACUUGAAUUGGAUACCCCUUUUUCAGAUCUUAUCAGAGGAAAACAAAAGCCAAUGGAUCCAAAUGAUUUUAGGAAGGUUGAAGAUGAGCUUCGUAAAGAACUUAAAGCACCCACCCUAUCUAGUCAUGCUCUCAAUCAACACCAGGGAUGGUCUUAUGCUCCACUAGACAGUGAUGAUGAGUUUGUACCCAUGGGUAGUGGCAGUGGGGGCUUUACUAGAAAUCUAUCUAGCAGUCAGCUGUCUGGAUACUCAGAUAUGGACAGUUCCUUCAACUCUAAUAUGUCUGGCAGCACUCUCAAGUCACCGGGGGCUAGUGUGUCAACGCCACCACCAUUCCGUUACACAGGAGUUGGUGUGAUGACGGGUGAUCAUGGAGGUGUUGGUGGAAGUGGAAGAAAAAAUAGCACUAGCAGAAUAGUGGAUGAUCCUUCAGCAGUGGUGACUCGCUUCCGUGUGCAGGUCAGCAGCGUGGCCACAGUGGUGCUUCAUGAGGAUAUACUCACUCCCUCUGUGGAGAAUGCAAAUAUGGUGUUGAAGGCAUCUGUGGCAGAGAUGCAAGCUAAAUCGGAAGACUUUUUUUCCACUCUUGGUUUUCAUGCUUUAUCUGGUUACAGUUAUAAUGCUUUCCAAGAGGCCAAGAAAAAGUUUACAGAAGCUUGUCAGAUUAGCCAUUUGAGGUUUAUGGCAGCACCACUAACAAUUGAAGGAUCAGAGAAGAGCCUUUCUAAAAAGUGGGAAAUGAAUGUGAAUCUAACAAUGGGGUGUGCUGAGCUACUGGAGUGUCUUGUAGAUUCCUCAGUUAUGCCUGUGAAAGUUGAAUAUUCUGAAUUGCUUUCAUUCAGACACAGUGCCAGAGAAGAGGCAAGUGAAAUGUAUGGUAGCAUGAUGGAACCUAAGCUUAGAGUGAACAUAUCUCAGUCCCAGAACAUGACUCCCACAGGAAAAACACGCAGGAUGAGUGUUCCCAAAUUGGAUAUUAAGGUGAAUCUGGCAGAAUGUACAUCAGAGGUUGACAUGUCUAUUGUUGACCGAAUUAGUGCACUCCUGAAUCGUCAGGUUGUAUGCACUAAGGCAGCAGAAGAAGUGUUUUCUCCAGAACUUCCCCCCAGUUACAUCAGCAACCAAGCGUGCUUCAAGCAGACUCUGGAUGAUGCAACUGUUCACCCUGACACUCGAGUUACAGUGAAAGUUUCCUCCACUUCACUGACUGUCAAGCUCAGAUUUCCCAUCCCUGAUCUUAGACCAACUUCAAACAUGGACAGAAUACCUUGGUGGAAAAGGAACAUCAGAAAAGAUGUAUUAUCUCUGGUUUUAGAAGAUUUUGAGUUUGUUACAUCAAUAGACCCAUAUUUAUUAUACUCUAGCUAUGAGGUACGCAGUAGUGGCAUUAAUGUAUAUUUUCAAGAGAGGGAAGAGGAUGCACCUAUGUCAUUGCUUCAAGCUAAUGCUAGUGAAGGGUCAGAAAAAGGCUUUGACUUGCCACGUAUUGUUGUUACAGUGCAUCCCAUACAGCCCUUGACUUCCCUAGAAGAUGAGGCACCACGGCGUGAGAAUAUCAUGACAAAGUCUAUGAUGGGCUUUUUGGAAGAGGUUAAUGAAACAGAACCAAAUCCAUUCAGCAAAAGAAAAGUAGCCACUCAGCAGGCAGGGGAAGGUGAUAUUGGAGAACUUACUAUACCAGCCAGCAGGAAAGAGGUCUUACAGUUUAUAGAAAACACAGUGAAGAAUGUCCAGUAUAACAUAGAAGUUCAUCUCCCAAGUGUCCAAUUGAUAUUACCCUCUAAGCAUAUCUAUGAAGUAAUAUACAAUAGGUUAGUGUCUGACCUCCUCCUAUGGGAACCUUCUGCACCCAAGCCAGCUAGUCAUGGUGCACGGAACAUGGGGGGUGCUCAGGGUGGACUAGAUCUGGCAUCAGUAUUCAUGAAUGAGAGUAUCUACCAAAGCACCACACAAUUCACCAUGUGUUCCAGUGCCAAUGUUGAAAAUGACAGUGAUGAUGAAGGUAAUUCACAGUACUUUUCCAUAUAUGAACACAAAGCAAGACAAAGAGGGAAGCAGUAUCCUCAACAGCAGCAACAACAGCAGCCACAAGAACCAGAUAGCAGGAUGCAGACCAUGGUAGCCUUCAAGUUGGUGUUGGGCCGUGGGGUGGCCAGUGUGCACACUCCAUACAGAGAUGGGAAGAACAAUGUGCUUCCUGGCCAGCAUGGAGAAGUGAUGCUGGUUAUGGAAAGAGGUACAAUAUUUACUACUACUGGUUAUCGUGGAUGUCCCAACUUAGGAUAUGUCUGUAUCUGGGCAGAAAAGGGCCAUGUAUACCACAAGGCUGCCAACAUAACUCCUGAUCACCCUAUAACACUUUGUGCCAACAGUCCCCUUUCCACAUCACAGUUAGAUGCUGUGCUGUACCCAAGUGAUCCAGGAGUCAUCAUAAAGUUGGGUGGUGGUGGUAGAACUCGAUGGAGAUCUCGGGAUCAAGUCUCCGUAGCCCUGAAAAUGGACUUUGAUCCAGUACGUAACAUGAAGACUAUAAAUUUGUCAGGCUGCAUAAGGGGCUCAACACUUCGCCAUUAUAUGUGUCCUGCCCCUGACAGCUGGUUGACUCAGCUCAUGGAUGUUUUUGAGGUCCAGGAUUAUCCUAUUGCAGGCUACUUACUACCAGAAGUUGUGACAGAGAUGAAUUUCCAUCUUUGGGGUUGUGCUCUUGAUUACCGUCCUCUUCAUCUACCACUGCGUGCAAUGUUGACAGUUGAUGCUUGCUCAAUUUCCAGCAAUAUGACCCUGGGUAGUGAUGUUAGUGUUGUACAGUUGAUUAUAGAGGAUGCUGCUUUGUUUCUGUCUGACAAACUUAAUGUGAGUACUGUGGACAUAAAGAAGAAUUAUGUGUGUGUGGCUGACCUAGGAGUGUUUGAGAUGUCUUUGAAAUUGAUUGAUGCUUCAAAGAACAAACUGCCAAGGAUUGAUUUGAUAGCUUCAAACAAUGUAAUUCAUAUCCGGACCUGUGCAGACUCCUUUAAGGCUUUGCUGGAACUCAUGAUAUAUGUAGCAGGUGAUGGAGAUUUGACCAAAGAUGCAUCAGUACAAAUUCCGCACAGAGAAGAACCCUCAGCAGAUAGCAGUAACACUAACCUCACUGCUGAUUGCACUACCAAGCCAUUGGACACCCAGGAAACCAUCUUCAAUCCUUGUAGUAAGGUUAAUGAUAAUCAGCAGCUGGAGAUGGUGAGGGGUAUGAUGGAUGAUGCCAUGGUGGAAUCCACACCAUCCACCUCAUCCUGUGAAGAUGAUGAAAAUGAUCCCAUAGGAAAUUUAAGAAAGGGUGUUGAGGUGUUUUUCUUCCCAGAUGAUGAUGUGAAGAAGGUUAUUACCCCCAAAGAUGUGCCAAAGCAAGAGGAUGGUGUCAAUGAAAGGGAAUUGACAGCCACCGAGUGUGCUCUCAAAGAAGCUUUAAAAGAACCUCUUGAAAAUCCCUUUGAGGAGUGCAGCUCAGGCACAGAUGAAGAAUUCUGCAUUCUGGAUGAUGCACCUGGCACUGGCAUCAAAUCUCCAUCUGGUGAGCCACAGGUGCGCAUUCUCACACGGGACCCCAUCUCCAUUGUUGACAAUCACUUCACAAUUCCUCUUGGCAAAGUAGAUCAACUUAAGGCACCCAAGAAUUUCCCUGUACCAGAAAGUAAAUACACACUCCAGGAACUUACACUUGUGUGGCAUAUUUAUGGUGGUUCGGACUUCAGAUCUUCCUCUGGAACAUCUUCUCACUCACGUCAUGUCACUAUCAAUGAUUCCAAUGGCAACUCGGAUACAGUUGUUGGAAGACAAUCUCCAAAUAUACUUAAUGAACCCACUGUGAUAGUCCGUGGAGGGGAAGUCUGUUAUUCUACUCGCCACACUUCCCCAACAGCUUUCAAGAAGUCUCCACCUCAAAGUCCACAAUUGAUGUCCCAACAAGUGUGGCAGGCCAAGGGUGGUCAAGGGAGAAAACAUGAUACCCUCAUGGAGCUCCACCUCAACAAGGUUCGUUUUCAACAUGAGGUUUAUCCAGAGACGGCAAAACAGGUGUCUAGACAUGUAGUUCUCAUACAAGAUGUGGAAAUAAGAGACAGGCUUGCCUCCUCAAAAAUCAACAAGUUCCUCUAUCAGUUUUCCUCUGAGACAUGUCCUCGACAGGCCCACGCCAAUAUGGUGCAAGUGAAGGUUCUCACUACGAGGCCAGAUGGAAAGCAUCGGCCACAGGAGACUAGCAUAAAGAUCUCCUUACAACCAAUCAGACUGCAUGUAGACCAAGAUGCACUACUCUUUCUUUUCCAAUUCUUUGAAGAUCUUCAUGUAUCUGACAUAGAUGGAGAAAUGGGAGAAGAAGAGCGACCUCAGUCAGUCAAGGUUCAGGCACCCAUCAUGACUGUGAAUGUAAAUCAAGCUGCCAACCUUAGUGGAAGAGAGCAUCAAUUACUUGUUAAUCUUGAAGAAAAGUCACCAGUUUCUGAUGAGGAGGAAAAACUCAUGGAAGCUAUGAAGAGUGGUCCUUCCUACUUCAAGUCCUUUGUGUUCUCCCCAGAUGUGCCCAUUAAAAUUGAUUACCAUGGCAAGCACAUUGAUAUAAAUUCACAGUAUGGUCCUCUGGCAGGCCUGAUCAUAGGACUUGGGCAGCUCAAUCAUGCUGAAAUAAAAUUGAAAAGCAUUGUGCACAAAUCUGGUCUUCUUGGAGUGGAUAAGCUGCUCACCUAUGUAACAAAUGAGUGGAUUGGUGACAUACGUCGUAACCAGUUGCCCUUGGUUUUGGGUGGUGUUGGUCCAAUACACUCAGUGAGCAAGCUGCUAGCUGGGGUGAGGGAUCUGUUCCUGCUGCCCAUAGAACAGUACCAGAAGGAUGGACGCUUAGUGCGUGGCCUUCAGCGGGGAACUUCAGCCUUCACUUCUUCCUCUGCACAUGCUGCACUUGACCUAACAGGCCGCUUCAUUGGGUGCAUUCAGUCUGCUGCAGAGACUAUGUACGACAUGGUGUCUUCUGGCCCAAGUGUUCGUCACAGAUACCGUCAGCGUGGUGGUCAGCCCCAGGACAUUCGUGAAGGCGUCACUACAGCAUAUGGAGUGGUCAGGGAUGGCAUUGGGGAGACAGCCUCAGCAAUUGUGCAGGUAGCCUCCCAGGAACAUCAACACAAAGGUGUAUCAGGAGCUAUAGGUGGGGUGCUGCGACAAAUUCCCCCCACUGUCGUUCAGCCUAUAAUUUUGGCCACUGAAGCUGCUGGUACUGUGAUUGGUGGAAUGAAGAACCAGUUGGUGCCUGAUGCAAGAAAAGAAGCUGUUGACAAAUGGAAAGCAUAGUUGGAAAGGAGCUGGUUUCAUAAAUACUUCAGUGUAGGAUUUAAUACUGAAACAGGGUUACAUUUAUAGUUCAUCAGUUUCUGAGGUUUUUGUCUAAUAAUUUAAAGGUAAUUCCUUUGAAAUUUAGCUGAUGAACUGUGGUUAUCUCAUCUUACAAACUUCGUAUAUAUAUAUAUAUAUAUAUAUAUAU